AUGUUGGGCGGGCGGAGGCAGAGCGGCGGUCCGGGCGGCGGGCGAGCGCUGGUGCUGGGCGCUGUGCUGCUGUGGCUGUGCUGGCGGGCGGCGGCGGAGCGGCUCCGCUACUCCAUGGCCGAGGAGCUGCCCAGAGGCUCGCUGGUGGGGCCGCUGGCCCGGGACCUGGGGCUCAGCGCCGACGAGCUGCCGGCGCGCAAGCUGCGGCUCAGCGAGGAGAAGCAAUACUUCACGGUGAGCGAGACAAACGGGAACCUGUACGUGAGCGAGAGGCUGGACCGGGAGGAGCUGUGCGGCGAGUCGUUGUCCUGCUCGGUCAGCUUCGAGGCGCUGGUGCACAACCCGCUCAACGUUUUCCAUGUCGAGGUGGACAUUCAGGACAUAAAUGACAACUCCCCGUCCUUCGGUAAGACUGUUCUGGACCUCGAGAUUGGUGAAUGGACGCUUCCCGGUGCUCGUUUUCCGCUGGAGGUGGCCCGAGAUGCAGACAUGGGAAGUAACUCGCUGCUGACUUACGAGCUCAGCAGCAACCCCUCCUUCAGUCUGGCCACGAGGGAGAGCCCUGACGGAAGUCAGCAGCCGGAAUUAGUGCUGGAGAGAGCGUUGGACCGGGAGAAACAGAGCUCCUUUGAGCUGGUGUUGACAGCGAUGGAUGGGGGGGACCCCGUGAGGUCCGGGACUGUUCAGAUUCGCGUCAACGUGACGGACGCGAACGACAAUCCACCCGUGUUCAGUAAAAAAGUGUACGAGGCGCGAGUAGCGGAGAAUCUGCCGGCGGGGUCGCUGGUGCUGCGGGUGCGGGCCACGGAUGCAGACGCGGGGUCCAAUGGGCGGGUCUCCUAUUCUUUCGCCAACGUCCCGGAUGGGAUCCGUGAGUUGUUUGCUGUCGACAGCGAGAGCGGUGAGAUCACGACAGUGGUUCCCCUUGAUUUCGAGGAGAAGAGUAAAUACAGCUUCAGCUUGGGGGCGAGGGACGGCGGCGGGUUGACCGAUAAUUGCAAGGUACAAAUAGACAUCACAGACGAGAACGACAAUGCCCCCAAGAUCACAAUCCUGUCGCUGUCGAGCCCAGUGUCGGAAGAUGCGGCAGUCGGCACCGUGGUGGCCCUGCUGAAAGUGCGGGACCGGGACUCUGGCGAGAACGGUGAGGUGUCGUGCGAGCUGUCGGGAGAGGCGCCGCUGUCGAUCGUGGCGUCGUCGGGCGGCUCGUACAAGGUGGUGACGGCGAGCGCGCUGGACCGCGAGCAGGCGUCCGAGCACCGCGUGACGGUGGUGGCCCGGGACCGGGGC